AGUGUGGUGGUUUGCUCUCCCUUCCCCUCCAGUGGUUUGCUCCACUAAAGUAACAGGAGUGGAAGACUUCGUGGGAGGAGUUUGUCCAGCCAUUCGUAACUCGCAACAGACCGCAGUCAGUGUUACGGAUGUGCAAUCCCAGCGAAACAUGCGUACGUGUGCCAAUCAAACGUUGCGCCCCUCCCCUCCUUUUCCAUGCACAGAGCAAGAAGGGCUGCCGUUAUUCGCAGCGGCAACGGAGACCUUCCGGCACAGAGAACGCGACGGCCUCUUCUCCUCCCAGCACUUCCCGGGGGGUCGCCGGAUGCAGACGCACUUGAGGACGGGGGGCAGGUACCGUUGCAGCCGCUGCCCUUACUCCAGCGACAAGAAGGACAACAUGUCCAGGCACGAAAGAAGCCACACGGGGGAGAGGCCCUUCGUCUGCACCACCUGCGGCAUGGCUUUCACCGACCAGGGUCACCUGACCAGGCAUCGGACCGUCCACACGGGAGAACGGCCGUACGAGUGCGCCGAGUGCGGCGCGAGUUUUACGCAGAAAGGCGACGUGGUCCGGCACGCUCGCACCCACUUGGGGGACAGGGCGUACUCGUGCCACCUGUGCGGGUACCGAGCCAGCGAGUCGGGUAAUGUGAAGAAGCACGUGAUUGCGGUGCACUCGAAGGAGUACCCCUACAUGUGCAAGCGCUGCGGGAAAGGGUUUGUGGCCCCGUCCAUGUUGAGAGCCCACUUGGCCGUAAGGCACUUUUACAAAGACGAGGAGUGCUAGCGAGUGCGAGGAGCACCCAAGGGGCGUCCCUGGGGGGAGUGCGGCGCUUGUGACGGCGGAGGUUGUCGCCAAAGAGUCUGCGAAUAAACGUUGUCGUUGGAGUUCUGUC